AUUCGGGGCCUCGAGCCUGGAGGGAACCUGAGGCGCUCCGAGGGAGACUGAGGUGGUUUCUCUGGGUUGUUAGAGGCUCGAGCCAAGACAUCUGGGUCCCUGUGGGAUAUUGAGGGGCCUGUAGUGGGACCGCGGGGCCCCUGUGAGGUGAGCGGGCACACACUGGGAUACCGCCCUGGGGUGUGAGGAGACCAGAGCGGGGUAUUUGGGUCCUUGUGGACACCCGGAUCCCUGCGGGACACCCAGACCUGGACGCCCCGAGCUUUUACGAGCACCCGCUGCUGUGCCCCCUCCAGCGCCGCCCCUGCCAUGAACUGCCGCGCCGAGGUGCUGGAGGUGUCGGUGGAGGGGCGGCAGGUGGAGGAGGCCAUGCUGGCCGUGCUCCACACCGUCCUGCUGCACCGCAGCACCGGCAAGUUCCACUACAAGAAGGAGGGCACCUACUCCAUCGGCACCGUGGGCACCCAGGACGUGGACUGCGACUUCAUCGACUUUGCCUACGUCCGUGUCUCCUCUGAGGAGCUCGACCGGGCCCUCCGCAAGGCCGUCGGGGAGUUCAAGGACGCGCUGCGUGGUUCCGGCUCCGAUGGGAUGGGGCAAAUCUCCCUGGAGUUCUACCAGAAGAAGAAGUCACGGUGGCCCUUCUCGGACGAGUGCAUCCCCUGGGAGCUCUGGACCAUCAAGGUGAAUGUGGUGAAUCUGGCAAACGAGCAGGAGCGGCAGAUCUGCCGCGAGAAGGUGGGUGAGAAGCUCUGCGAGAAGAUCAUCAACAUCGUGGAGGUGAUGAACCGCCACGAGUACCUGCCCAAGAUGCCCACCCAGUCUGAGGUGGACAAUGUCUUCGACACCAGCCUGAAGGACGUGCAGCCCUACCUGUACAAGAUCUCCUACCAGAUCACGGACUCCCUGGGCACCUCAGUCACCACCACCAUGCGCCGGCUCAUCAAGGACACACUGGCGCUGUAGGGCUGGUGUCACCCAGGCAGGGUCACCAUGGGCAGUGGCACUUCUCUGGGACAGUGACCCUGCUUGGAUCCCCUCCUUCACCUCCAAAAAGCCUCUGGGAGGAGCUGGGCUUGGCCUAGCCUGUAAUUUGGGGGUUGCUGCUCCUUGGUUUAUGCCGUGAGGUUUUGUCCAUCCUGGAGAACUGGCUCGGUGGCUCCGGCCUGGCUGAUGACCGGGGUGAGUCCUCAGGGCAUUGUGGCACCAGCUCAGAGUGGUGCUGGAGCCUGGCAGAGGGUGCUGGGGGUCAGGGUGACACCUGAACCCCACCCCUCUGCAGCACACUUGGUGCCACACAGCCAGUGCUGGCCAUGUCCCUUAUCACCACCUGUCCCCCGGUGUCACCCCUGUCCCUGGGGGGCCAGAGCUGCCCCAAAAAUAAAGUGUUUCUGCUUUCA